CGGAAGUUGGAGUGCACAGGAUCCGGGAGACUCGCUGGAGAGUGGCUGGCUGUGCGCUGAGGGACCUUGGCCGCCAUGGUCUCAGACGAAGAUGAAUUGAAUCUUCUAGUUAUCAUAGUUGAUACCAACCCAAUAUGGUGGGGAAAGCAAGCAUUAAAGGAAUCUCAGUUUACUUUAUCAAAAUGCAUAGAUGCAGUGAUGGUGUUGGGAAAUUCUCAUUUAUUCAUGAAUCGGUGCAACAAACUCGCUGUGAUAGCAAGCCACAUUCAAGAAAGUCGAUUCUUAUAUCCUGGAAAGCAUGGCAGGCUUGGAGACUUCUUCGGAGACCCCGGCAACGCUCCUUCUGAAUUUAAUCCCUCAGGGAGUAAAGAUGGAAAAUACGAGUUGUUAACAGCAGCCAAUGAAGUUAUUGUUGAAGAGAUCAAAGAUCUAAUGACCAAAAGUGACAUAAAGGGUCAGCAUACAGAAACUCUGCUGGCAGGAUCGCUCGCCAAAGCUCUUUGCUACAUUCAUAGAAUGAACAAGGAGGUUAAAGAUAAUCAGGAAAUGAAAUCAAGGAUAUUGGUGAUAAAGGCUGCAGAAGACACCGCAUUGCAGUAUAUGAACUUCAUGAAUGUCAUCUUCGCAGCACAGAAACAGAAUAUUUUGAUCGAUGCCUGUGUUUUAGACUCCGAUUCAGGACUCCUCCAACAGGCUUGUGACAUCACAGGGGGACUGUACCUGAAGGUGCCUCAGAUGCCCUCCCUCCUGCAGUAUUUACUGUGGGUUUUUCUUCCUGAUCAAGAUCAGAGGUCUCAGUUAAUCCUCCCACCCCCAAUUCAUGUUGACUACCGGGCUGCUUGCUUCUGUCAUCGAAAUCUCAUUGAAAUUGGCUAUGUCUGUUCUGUGUGCUUGUCAAUAUUCUGCAAUUUUAGCCCUAUCUGCACUACGUGCGAGACAGCCUUUAAGAUUUCUCUACCUCCCGUACUGAAGGCCAAGAAAAAGAAACUGAAAGUGUCUGCUUGAUAAUAAAAAAUUUCCCCCCAUCCUUUAGAGCUAUUAACAGAAAUCGUAUGGCGGAAUCUUUGUUGGAAAGGCUCUGAAAAAAAUACGGAUGUGUGUAAGAUAAUUUUUAAUGAAAUUUCUUAUAAGAAAUAUUCCUAAAACCUCAUCCUCAUCUUGUGCUUCUCGGGGACUGAUUUAUUUGAGGGAGUCAUUCUAUGUGAUAUAUCCUGAAAUCUUUUCUGACUGGUUUUUGUCCAGAAAGGAGGAAGAAAGCAGCACUCUAUGGCUUUUUUUAAUGGGAUGAUGGCUCGUCAGUGAGUCCUGACUGACUGUAGGCUGUCGAAUGUGCUCCCCAAGGCCAGGUGCGAGCACAGGCUUGGAAAGAGUGGCUAUUUAUGCAGUAAUGGCAUUAAUCAACAUAGAACAUCUUCCUUGAAUCAGCAGUUAACUUUGACAAUAGUCAUGUAGAUAAAAUCCUUAUUUUCUAAAUUGAGAUUUAACUGCAGGUGUUAGCACAUAGUUACUGUUUCGUUUGACAUCACUACUUGUUUGGACAAAGUUAUGCAAAUAAUAAUAAUUUGUCAACUGAAUAACUACAAAAUGUGACUUUAAAUGAGUGAGGAGAGUGAGUGCAGUAGUCUGGUAGCAACUUUUUCUUCAAAAACCUUUGUGUGACGAGGUUAUUUGUGAAAGCUAAUGUUUGAGUUCAGAGGGGGAAUUUCCCAGGGGGAAUGGAUUCUUUACAGCUAAGUGUAGCCCCCAGAUAGAAUUCUUUCCUUUUUUAAUGAGGGGAGGGGAAGUGUUAAUAUUGGAGAACUGCUCUCUAGAAGCUUUGGACUUCAUACUGAAAACUUCUGUAAGUUCAAAAGAAAAAUUAUGUGUAAUUUCAAUAAUAAAAAACUUAUUUUUCUGUGUAAUCUUGAAGUUAUUAAAAGUCCUUUUAGGGCCAGCGCCAUGGUCUAGUGGUUAAGUUUGGUGCGUUCUGCUUUGGCAUCCCGGGUUCACGGGUUCAGAUCCCAGGCACAGACCUACACCACUUGUCAGCCAUGCUGCGGUGGGGACCCACAUACAAAAUAGAGGAAGACUGGCACAGAUGUUAGCUCAGGGCCAAUCUUCCUCAAGCAAAAAAAAAGUCCUUUUAAAUUCCAGCAUAUUGUAGGAAGGGUUUUCAAGAAUGGUCACUGAUUUGAUUUGUUUUUAAAAGUAUAUUGACAAAAACCUAUUUGUGUACACAACCUUGUAUGUAAAUAGAUUUUAAUUUUCUCUUUAUAGUAUCUCAGAAGCUGAGUCUCAUUUAAAUAAUUUGGUGUUUGGUUAGAUUAUUUCAGGUAGAUUUUGUAUUCUGGAUUUACAAUUUUGUUAAAUACACAAAAAUUUUCGUGAUUACUUUGCAAGUAUUUGUUAAUCCUAGAGUUUGAGAAUCUUUAAAAAAUAAUGUUUAAUAUUUCAUAGCCUAAUUAAGUAAUGGAAAUAAUUAUUUUAAGUCUAGGAAAUAAAGCAUCAUAUAUCUAAAAAAUGAAAUAUUUUAAACAAGCUGAGAAGGUUAUUAUUACUUUUCCAUUUGAAAUGUUUUAUGUACUGUCUUAGUUCUGUUUGUUUUAUUUGUAACUGUUAUGUUUA